UCAGUAGAGAAUGGGCGCAAAAUUCUGUCUCCCACUCACCCGAUAUGAGCUCAGCUGGGACCAAGACCAAGCUGGAACCUGCUCUAACUACCACUAUAUUGACAUAAAUACUUUUGAUUCGCAGUUCGGACCAAAGUCGACAGGCAGUUUCCGCUUGUUGUUUGGUGGUGUUGUCAAUGCUAAAGGAGCCUAGCCGCCACAGCGUGAGCGACGCUCGGCAAUGCUAGCUUGCUAACUGUGCUCAAAACAAUGUCCUUUCUCCCACAAAAUAACUUGGAGGAGCAGCUGGCCAGGCACAGCAAUGCUGUCCCGAGCAAACGGUCUAUGUCUAAACCCAAAACAGGGGCUUUUUGCUUCAAAAAGAAAUCCACUGUUACAAGCAAGUUGGAUGUACCAAAGAAGGUAAUUGGCUCAAAUGUUUUGGAAAGCCGAAAUGUAAAUAUCCACAAUGUGGUGACCAAGUCUUCUUUGACAUUCUCUAAUAAGCUUGAAAGACCUAAAACUUCCAACAUCAACAGCUUCUUCUCUGUUAAUACAAAAGCCACUAGCUGUACUCCUGCAGCCCUGCCGUCACCUGCUGUGUCUGUACAGAAACAUGACAAUUCAAAAAACACCGUCUGCAACACAACCAGUCUCGAUGCAUCUCUGGGAUUCCCCAUGGACGACUGGGAUGACUUGGAUGAUUUUGAACCCCCUGCCAAAUCCAAAAAUGACUCGUUCGGGUCCAACGGUUCUGGGAAGAGUGGCAAGCAACCACAAUUUUCCAUUGAAGAAAAAUCAGAAUCCAAAAAGGAUGCUGACAUCCCAUCGACUGUUAACUCGAUCAAGGAUUCACCAGCAUGCAGUCAAGAGGAUUCCCCGGUUCGAAAGCCCAAAAGACGUCUUCCUGCUUACAUGAUGUCAGUUAUGAUUGACAGUGAAGAUGAACUUGAUGACAUGCCGAAGCACCUUGAGGAAGAGACAGGUGAUAAGAAUAAAUCGGUUGACCCAAAUCCAAUCGCUCUAGAUGAAAAUUCAGUACCUGAUGACGACUUUGACUGUGUUCCUCCUUCUCCAAUCCGUGACGAGAGCUUUCACAGCAGAUCGGCUAUUGAAAACAAAAAAGCAACAUCUGGAAGACGAGGAGAUCUUUUGAAGUCAAAAGAACCAACCGUCGCUCCGCAAAAUCCAUCUGAUCAACAACUGAAAAGCAAUGCAAAUGACCAACUUCUCAGCAUCAUGGAGUCAAUAUGCAGCCUGGUUGAUUCCAUCCCUGAACAUGAGCUUAUAGGUCUGACUUGUGGGAAUGAACUUCUACUGAAGAGGGCACAAAGGAAGAGGAUACUUGCGACUGGUAAUUGUAUCCCUCUCCGGGGGUCGCAGCAGCCGGACAGCACUGUGGUCUCUGAUACCAGUUUUAAAGAUAAAUCUUCUUCCAGUUGUGAAACUUCCAAUUUCAGUUCUUUGAGCUGCUACACGUCUGUAAAGGAACCUCAGUCGAAGCGGUCUUCAGUCAUCACAGUGGACUAUGACUCGGACCACUGUAAUAGUCUCAUCAGUGAAAAUAAUCUGCACUGUAACAAGAAUAAGGACACAUUUAUGGAUUACGAAACUGUCUGUGACUCUCCAUCGGUGGGCACUCUUUCGAAACCUGCCGUAUCUGAGAAUCCAACCAUCGACCUUGAUGACCCAGAUCUCUUCUUCUCACCCAAGAAAACGGAGACAUGUAAAGCGAGCAAAUCUAAGAGUCCACCACCAACUGAAGCUCCGGACGAAUUUUUCAUUGAUGACUUUGACAUCGAUAACCUCAGUGACUCGGACAUUCCUGACUAUUUUGAUGAACCGCAAAGCUCUUCGGCCUUUGCUGCCAAGACCAGCUCUGUGACUUCAUCUAUAAAAGAAGGGCCAAGCAAAACCUCCUGGGAGAUGAAGCAAGCCACACCCAUGUCCACCCCCAAACCUCCAAAAAUCAACUCGCCUGAACCCACGUUUAGAAACCCUGCUCACGAUCGAUUCAGGGGCUUCAACUUUCCACACUCUCAGGAGAUGAUGAAGAUUUUCCACAAGCGUUUCGGUCUCCAUCAAUUCAGAUUCAAUCAGCUGGAGGCAAUAAAUGCAACAAUACUGAAGGAGGAUGCGUUUGUUCUGAUGCCUACAGGAGGUGGGAAGAGUUUGUGCUACCAGCUUCCAGCCUGUGUGUCAACAGGAAUCACCGUGGUGGUCUCACCUCUCAAGUCACUGAUAGUGGACCAGAUCCAGAAGCUCACCACUCUAGAUAUCUCAGCCACGAGCCUUUCUGGUGACAAAAGUGACAGCGAAGCAUCAAGAAUAUAUAUGCAGCUUUCCAGGAAAGACCCCGUCAUCAAACUUCUCUACGUCACUCCAGAGAAGGUCAGUGCAAGUAACAAGCUGAUCUCAGCCCUGCAAAACCUGUAUGAGCGAAGCCUCUUGGCUAGAUUCGUCAUCGACGAGGCUCACUGUGUCAGUCAGUGGGGGCAUGACUUCCGCCCAGACUACAAGAAACUGCACGAGCUCAGGAGGAAGUUCCCCAACGUGCCGAUGAUGGCCCUAACUGCCACGGCCACGCCACGUGUGCAGAAGGACAUCUUGAACCAACUCAACAUGACUCGGCCUCAAGUAUUUACCAUGAGCUUCAACAGAACCAACCUGAAGUACGCAGUGUUACCAAAGAAACCUAAGAAGGUGGACGAAGACUGCAUCAGCUGGAUAAAGAAGCACUAUCCACGAGACUCCGGUAUCGUCUACUGUCUUUCCCGGAACGACUGUGACGCCAUGGCUGAGAGUCUGCAGAGGGCAGGGAUUUUAGCUCUGUCAUACCACGCUGGCCUGAGUGAUGGCGACAGAGAGUACGUGCAGACCAAGUGGAUCAAUCAGGACGGCUGCCAGGUAAUAUGCGCCACGAUAGCUUUCGGCAUGGGCAUCGACAAGCCCGACGUGCGGUACGUGAUCCACGCCAGUCUCCCGAAAUCAGUAGAAGGCUACUACCAGGAGUCAGGCAGGGCUGGCAGAGAUGGAGAGAUCUCCCAAUGUGUCCUCUUCUACUCAUACACUGACGUCCACCGCAUCAAAAGACUCAUCAACAUGGACCGAGAGGGAGACCGAAACACCAAAGCCACUCACGUCAACAAUCUGCACAGUAUGGUGCACUUCUGCGAGAACGUGAUGGAGUGCAGGAGAAUCCAGCUGCUGGCUUAUUUCGGGGAGCUGAAAUUUAACAAGUCCUUCUGCAAAGAUCAUCCUGAUGUCAGCUGCGAUAACUGCGCCAAACCCACUCAAUACAAAAUGAGAGAUGUAACGGAUGACGUCAAGACGAUUGUGAAGUUCGUUCAGGUGAACUGCGAGAAAGUGGGCACGAGAUACGGCAGGACGGCACAACAGACCCGGCUGACACUGAACAUGCUGGUGGAAAUCUUCAUAGGUGCCAAGUCUGCCAAAGUGCAAACAGGAAUGUUUGGGGUGGGUGGAGCCUACUCCAGGCACAAUGCUGACCGCCUUUUCAAGAAGCUGGUUCUGGACCACAUCCUCCAGGAGGACCUUUACAUCACCAAUGGUGGACAGGCUGUCUCGUAUAUCUCUGCAGGGCCGAAAUCCAUGAACGUCUUGUCUGGACACAUGCAGGUGGAGUUUUAUGAGACGGAGAGCGCUUCCAGCAUCAGGAAGCAGAAAGCCGCGGUGGCGCACAAGGUCUCCCAGAGAGACGAGAUGGUUCAGAAAUGUCUGACGGAGCUGACGGACCUGUGCAAGCAGCUGGGCAAAGCUUUUGGCAUUCACUACUACAACAUCUUCUCCACGGCCACCUUGAAGAAGAUAGCUGAGAAGCUCUCUUCUGACCCGGCCGUUCUGCUCCAAAUCGACGGUGUGACUGAGGACAAGCUGGACAAGUAUGGAGCUGAAGUGGUUCAGGUUCUCCAGAAGUACUCGGAGUGGCAGCUCCCAGUCGAGGAGCAGGCCGACAACUGCGACGACGGCUGGAUCGACACUCGCCGCUCCACCAUCGACUACGAAGACGACGAGGACGCAGAGUCUUCGACUUACUUCCGUAAUCAAUCUGCUCAGGGACAGAAGAGGAAGAAGGCGCCGUUCUUCAAGUAUUCCAAGAAGAAAAAGGGCUACGGCGGCUCGGGCUCCUACAGCAAAGGUCGUGGCAACGGCGGCAACAAAUCCUGGUCCAACUCGAGCGGUGGAUCCAGACCGCAGUCUGCGGGUCGCGGGUCCCGAGGUGCAGCCGGAGACUCAUCGACAGGAAGGAGGCCGGGGUUCUUGGCUGCGCCGACGCCGCAAAAUAACCAGAGGCCCUUUCUGAAGCCCAGCUUCUCUCACCUGUGAUGCAACACUUGUGACAACACUUUUCAAUAAUGUCUACUUCUUCAUGUUUAUAUUGUACAAAAGCGUUUUCUACUGUUCUGGCCACCAUCAGAAAUUUAAAUAUUAAAGUCCUUUUA